CUCAUUGCGUAAGUGGGUGAGUGGGUAACUUUCCUCUGCCACCUCAAUCAUCUUCCUCUGCCACUUCAAUCAUAGUCGGAUAUGAUUUCGAAGAUUCCGUCGGAGUACCUGACCCUCGCGUUAGGGUUUCUGUUUUUCGUCACACUCCCUUUCGUUCACGCCGAGUCGUCAACGUGCUUGACGGUAUAUAAGAAUGGCGGUGCUCCGGCGGUGUUUCAGUCCCCAAAAUGUCCUCUCUGGAAACUCUCCGACUAUGAUUCAAUUCCCAAAAGCACGGCGCGUUGCCAGAUUGCGAUGCUCCAAGGCCGCAGAGAAUCUCAAGAGGAUCGCGCUCUCUGCGUCCUCGAUGUUCGCAUUCCCUUUCCUGGUGUGAACGGGAUCAAGGAAGUUGCGGUUGACAUCGUGGCCGUCUUCGACGGUCACAACGGUGCAGAAGCGAGUGAGAUGGCAUCCAAACUUUUAUUGGAGUAUUUUGUUCUGCAUACUUAUUUUCUCCUUGAUUCUGCCUUUUCCCUCCUUUCGAAGACGUCAACAGAACCAUCACUUCGUGAUAAUGCAAACUUACUGCAUAGAUGGGAGGAGAUUCCAGGUUCAAAAUGGCAUGGACUGCAUUUUGAAAGGUUUCAGAAUACAUUUACUUCAAAUUUUGAUGAUUCUGUACACUUGGAAAUUUUGAAAGAAGGGUUAUUGAGAGCCGUUCAUGACAUUGAUGCUAAAUUUUCUGAGGAAGCCUCUAAAAAUAAUUUUCACUCUGGAUCAACAGCUACCAUUGCUUUGGUAGCAGAUGAUAAAAUUUUGGUUGCCAAUAUUGGAGACUCUAAGGCCAUAUUGUGCUCUAAAAAUUUUCAGUCUCCCAAAGAGGCCAAAGACUUUUUAUUAAAGCUAUAUAGACAGAAAGAACAUGGUGGUUCUGUUUCCGUGUGGGAUCGGGAAAAGUACAAACUGGCUUCAUCCCAUGGUCUCACUCAUUUUGCAGUAAAGGAAUUGACUAGUGAUCAUCAUCCAGACAGAGAUGAUGAAAGAAAUCGGGUGGAAACAGCUGGAGGUCAAAUUCAAAAUUGGAGUGGUGUGCCUCGCGUAAAUGGUGAACUUGCUAUUACACGGUCUAUUGGUGACCUAUCCUUUAAAAGGUAUGGUGUUAUAUCUGCACCAGAAGUGACUGAUUGGCAGCCUCUGACUGCUAAUGAUAGCUAUUUGGUGGUAGCAUCAGAUGGUGUAUUUGAGAAGACGAGCUUGCAGGAUGUCUGUGAUUUGUUGUGGGAAGUGCAUAGUUACAGUAACAUGAGAUCAGAGUGCGCCCAUUCUUCCUAUUCGUUGGCAGAUUUAAUUGUUAAUAAUGCCUUAAAAAAGGGCAGUAUGGACAAUGUGGCAGCCAUUGUCAUUCCUCUGGAGUCUGUCAAUUCCUCAGCAAACUCGCUUAGGGGAAGCUAUAUUGGUCUGCAAGAAUCUUCCUUCAAAAGCUCAGUUAAUGGCAUCUCGUCUGAUCUUAUGCACUUGGAGCACCCUCAUCUAGUAGAUACCAAGUUCAAGCGAAUAUUGGUUGAAGUGAAAGAUGGUGAUUUUGGCUGCUUUUAUUUAUCUGAAAAUCUUGAUGAACCAGAGGACUCCAAGCAGAUUGCCAAAAAAACUGACUGGGAUGACUAUUUGUAUGAACUACCUCCGCCUCCACCAGAUUCCCUUUCUCAUCAUGCCCCAUCAGGUGGUCUUGUAGAUUUAUACAAUAACCAGAACUUUUGCUUUGACUAUGGUCCAACUGUUAAUGAAACUGAAGGCCGAUGCAUAAAUCCUGAAGGUUUUGCUAGUUUCAUUGGUCUUCUUGAAUCAAUUCCUUUAAAUGAUACUGAUGCCAGCAAUGGAUCUUCUGAUUAUUCAAUGCCUGAUUUGAGGUAUGUGUUGAAGAAGAGUUUUGGACGUGGAUCAUUUGGUGAAGUGUGGUUGGCUUUUCAUUGGAACUGUAAUCAAGAUAGUAAUGCUGCAAAAGGGAGCAGGGAUGAUACAAAUACAAACAACAGAACAACUGCUUCUGAUUGUCAGAACGGUCCUUCUAAUUACACCCUGUACAUUUUGAAACGUAUAAUGGUGGAGAAGGGGUCAUCUGUUUACUUGAGUGGUCUAAGGGAGAAGUACUUUGGAGAAGUUUUUUUAAAUGCCUCUACAUGUUUUGAAGAUCCACUCUCGGCUGGAAAAUCAACCUGUGUCUUGGAAUCAUCAUCACAAUUUGGUCCUGAGAAUUCAUUCCCAAACAAAUUUCGUGUACAAAGAACCCUUUAUGAAGAAGGCUUGAACCAUAUUGCAAGAUAUGUGGAAUCUUUUGAGUCUCAGGCGAACGAAAUUUGGCUUGUAUUUAGUUUUGAAGGUGUGUCACUCUCAAAACUUCUAUAUUCAGUGGAAGAUGCAUAUGGUUCUGAUGAGCAAGAAAGACUUGAGCAAGCUAAACAAGUUCAGAUACUACGACCCUCAAAGUGGUGGCAUUGGUUGAAAACAACAGAAGAAGGACAGGAAGAAAUGCGCAACCUUAUCAGGCAGCUGUUAUUAGCUCUCAAAUCCUGUCAUGAUCGCAACAUCACACACAGAGAUAUUAAACCUGAGAAUAUGGUGAUAUGCUUUGAAGAUCAGGAAACAGGGAGAUGCUUGAAAGAGAUUCCCACUAAAGUUAAUAAUUCUUCCACCAAAAUGCGUAUUAUUGACUUUGGAAGUGGAAUUGAUGAAUACACAUUAAAUAAUUUGUAUGGUUCUACUGGGCCUUCGAGAGCUGAGCAAACCUAUGAGUAUACUCCUCCUGAAGCUUUACUAAAUGCUACAUGGUAUCAAGGGCCAACAAGCUCGACUUUGAAAUAUGACAUGUGGAGCGUUGGUGUUGUGAUGUUAGAGUUGGUCUUAGGCACACCAGAUGUUUUUCAGAUAAAUGCUUUAACACGGACUCUAUUAGAUCAACAUCUAAAAGGCUGGAAUGAGGGUGUGAAGGAGUUGGCAUACAAACUUAGAUCAUUCAUGGAAUUGUGCAUUUUAAUCCCUGGGGUCUCCGGGUCGAGCAGUUUCUCAAAAAAGUAUCACACAGUGAACAAAGUUGGAGUUUCACUUGCAUCUUGGAAAUGCUCUGAAGAAUUCAUUACUCGUCAAAUUAAGAAUCGAGAUCCGCUAAAGAUAGGUUUUUCAGACAUCUGGGCUUUCCGGUUAGUGCGCCGUUUGUUACAUUGGGAUCCGGAGGAUCGGCCAAGUAUUGAUGAGGCUCUUCAACAUCCUUAUUUCCAACAUCCCCGUAGAGAGUGAUUAUAUAGAAAACGAUUUAUUCAUUUACAGGACAUCGAGAAAAGCUGAAAAUCUAGCGGCUAAUUUGCAUGAUGGAAACUCAUGAAACAUACGUCAUAAACAAAGAUCAAUAUUGCCUCUGCUUAGGACACCCUUUACGCCGCAUUCGGCCAAUCAUGAUGAGG